GAGAAAGGAAACAGGUUGCUGCAAGCUUCUACUCUCACUUCCUUAUGAGAGAAGACAUAGACACUGCCCCAGAGAGAACGGGGCUGUUGUGCACACUCGUCUCAGGCAGUCAUGGGUAACUGGGUGGAGAAUGAAGGACUGUCCAUCUUCGUUGUUCUUGUGUGGCUGGGCUUAAAUGUCUUCCUCUUUUGGUGGUACUAUCUUGCAUAUGAUAUCCCACCAAAAUUCUUCUACACCAGAGUACUCCUUGGCCGUGCUUUGGCUCUGGCAAGGGCCCCUGCAGCUUGUUUGAAUUUCAACUGCAUGCUGAUUCUGCUGCCAGUAUGUCGAAAUUUACUCUCCUUCCUCAGAGGAUCAAGUGCGUGCUGCUCUACGCGUGUCAGACGACAGCUGGACAGGAACCUCACCUUUCACAAAAUGGUGGCAUGGAUGAUCGCCCUUCAUACUGCAAUUCACACCAUCGCACACUUAUUCAAUGUAGAGUGGAGUGUUCAAGCCCGUGUUGAAGAGGACAGAACUCUGGCAGCUGUGCUUUCUCGCCUUGGUGAUAACCCAAAUGAAAGCUAUAUCAACUUUUUUAGAAAAAAAAUUGGGAAUCCUGUGGGGGGCCUAUACGUGGCCUUCACAUACUUGGCUGGUCUCACUGGUGUUAUCAUCACUCUGGCCCUCAUACUAAUCAUCACAUCAUCCACCAAAACAAUCCGAAGGUCGUAUUUUGAAGUAUUUUGGUACACCCACCAUCUCUUUGUCAUCUUCUUUAUUGGCCUUGUCAUCCAUGGUGCUGGGCGUAUUGUACGGGGGCAGACAGCUGAGAGUCUGGCUGAACAUGAUCCAAAAAUUUGCUACAAGAACUUCACUCACUGGGGGAAAGAGGGAUCUUGCCCAAUCCCUCAGUUUUCAGGGAAUCCUCCUAUGACAUGGAAAUGGGUAGUAGGGCCCAUGUUUUUGUACCUGUGUGAGAGGCUGGUGCGGUUUUGGAGGUCACAGCAGAAGGUUGUUAUCACAAAGGUGGUCAUUCAUCCCUUCAAGACAAUUGAGCUGCAGAUGAUGAAGAAGGGCUUCAAAAUGGAGGUCGGGCAAUACAUUUUUGUCAAAUGUCCAGCGGUGUCUAAACUGGAGUGGCACCCAUUUACAUUAACCUCUGCUCCAGAAGAGGAUUACUUCAGCAUUCACGUCCGUAUUGUAGGGGACUGGACAGAGGGUUUGUUCAAUGCAUGCGGGUGUGAUAAGCAGGAAUUCCAGGAGGCGUGGAAGUUGCCCAAGAUAGCUGUGGAUGGCCCCUUUGGAACAGCAAGUGAGGACGUGUUCAGUUAUGAAACUGUUAUGCUUGUUGGAGCUGGAAUAGGGGUCACCCCCUUUGCAUCUGUACUCAAGUCUGUCUGGUACAAAUACUGCCACGAUGCAACCAACCUAAAACUCAAGAAGAUCUAUUUUUACUGGCUUUGCAGGGAUACUCAUGCCUUUGAAUGGUUUGCUGACCUCUUGCAAUCUCUGGAGGCUCAAAUGCAGAAGAGGAAUAAUGCAGAGUUUCUCAGCUAUAACAUCUACCUUACAGGCUGGGAUGAGUCUCAGGCCACUCAUUUUGUAAUGCAUCAUGAAGAAGAGAAAGAUGUGAUUACAGGCCUUAAACAGAAAACCUUGUAUGGAAGACCUAACUGGGAAAACGAGUUCAGAACUAUUGCUGGGCAGCAUCCUGGAUCCAGAAUAGGUGUUUUUCUCUGUGGACCCGAGGCCCUAGCUGACACACUCAACAAACAGAGCAUCAGUAACUCAGAAGCUGACCCACGAGGAGUACACUUCAUUUUUAACAAGGAAAACUUUUAACUCCCAAGCACAUGAGAUUCAUUCAAUACAAAGUCUAAAGACUGGAUUUCUUUUUCUAUUUGGAGUUUGGGAAGGACAGCCCAGCUUCUAAUCUUGGCUACACUAACACAAAUCCAUUUGCUUUUUCAGAAUUAUUUAUGCACUGUGGUAGAGCAAAAAAGUCAAGUUUUACCUUAGGGAAGCGAGCACUGCCCUCUGCAUGCCGCAAUUUAGCAGAAACCUAUUUUCUUUGUGUGAGGGGAUUUCCCCUCAAUUAACUGCCUUUAUCCUCCUAUUAGUCAUAAUCACUGUUGAAGGGUCUCAGCAGCCAUAUGCAUUUGGGAGACAAUUCACGCUGGUGAAGCUUAAUGCUAUUAAACAAUAAAACAUUCUAGCAUAAUGCUUGCUAUUAGGAGAGAGCUUAUCCUGGCUGCAGCCAGUCCCUGGAAUGAGGCAAGGUUUAGGGAAGGGCAACUGGGAAAGAUUGCUCCUUACAAGAGGAAAUCUCCAUUGUGCACUGGCAUCUUUCAGGCUUCUGAAUAAAAGCCUAAAUGUCUUGUCCAAGAAAUAGCACAGGCAGCUGAAAAGCAGCCAUUGCUCUUUAGGGAAGCAGAGAACUGGAAAGGAACCACCUGGAUUUCUGAUAGCCAUCCCCACCCCAGCUGUUGGGUUGGGUGACAAAGAUGGAGUCAAACCAAGUCCUGCACCUGGCACAUGAGCCAUCACUUGGCUGCUUCAAACACUCUCAGUUUCACAUCUUCAAAUUCAGAGUACAAGGUUCCCAACAAGAAGAGGUUUUGUGUUUUUUGAAUCUGUCAUUUCUGAUUUUCAAGGCUGAAAAAUCUUGUUGCUAAGUGAUUUAAUGGGUAUUUUCUGAAGCAUUCUUAAACACACACAGUGCUUUUGGCUCUAUUGUUCAGCUGUUCCUCCUUGGUAGUGAAACAGGUUUGAGAAACCAAUGAUCAUGUGGGCAGUAGCUGGAAUAGCUAUGAAUAGAGUUCCUGAUGUGUACAAGCACCCACACACAGCACAGUACUGUAGUAUGUACAUUACAGGUAACAGGUUCUCAAAAAAAAAGGAACCCAAACUUCUGAUACCAGUAGCAGAGAGAAAAAAAAAAAGAGGGCAUUAAGACCUGCAGCACAGGAAAAAAAGAAUGAAUAAGCAAGUUCAAAAAGCCUUGAAAAAGCCACAGUUUUGUAGACUGCUGGUCUCUUUUGCAGCCCAGUCACCUGCUUAGUCACUUUUAAACUCUGCAGCCAAUCCCUCUGAUAGUUCCCACACAGCAUGAGACCUUGCUGACAGCUUCUUACAGUCACAAAAGAAAGUGGUGGACUCCUUCUGCAAUUUCAGACAUGUUUGUGCAGCCAUCUGGUUACAUGUAGCAUAUUUGUCACCUCAACUUACCAGAUGUGUUCUCCCUUUACACCAUUUUUACAUGUUAUCCAAGCACUCCAUGCUACUUCAGGACAGCCUACACAUUCCCAUUUACCAAUAUCUGUUUCUGUGAACCGUCAAAUGACACAAUGAAUUAUGUCAACAUCUGAAGAGAAGGAAGCCACAGGUGGUCAAUGCUAUCAAAGAUCAGUUCUUGGCUGGGAAUUUUUGAGUUCUUUCCCUCGGAAGGGGUGUAUCUAAAUCCACAUAGUUCUGUUUGAAGCACAUUUAUUAAGUCAGAGUAGAGCUUAAGCAGAAUUAAAGAAACUUUUUCUGUGGAAUAAAAAAAAUGCUGCUGAAACAAUGUAAGUCUCCCAUUCUGUGCAGAGAGCACUGAAAUAUUUGGCUUUGAUUUUAAUGGAAAUAUGAUCAGACUUCUAUGCUGUCAGAAAGUGGGUAAAGAAGAAUAGCAAGUGGUCUAAUGGAAACAGCAUAUUUGUCAUGUCAAGAGUCUUGGAGAGUGUGUAUUUUAAUUGACCCAUUAAUUUUCUAAACAUUGCCACAUUUGUUCUUAAAACUCCAGGGAUCUUUCCUUACUCAGGCAGUUGUAAUGACACUCCUUGACCUGCUGCACACCUGUACCAGGGGUUGCUUGUCACCUCAAACUCAGAAAAAGGAAUUCUGUGCUUACUAAUAGAUCACUGUCUUCAUAAAACAUAUAAAAGCAUAAGCAGGUGAGAGCUUCCCAGCUUCUUUCAAAGGUUUGUUCUGUUGAAUCCUGCUAAAAUAGCAAGCUAUGCAUUAUCAGUAGUGGUCUGAACAUAAAGUUUUUUUUCAAUCUAGGACAUGUGAGUGAAACAGACAACACUGAAAUACAAACAUAAGAAACAAA